AUGGAACGUAUCAAAGCAGUGUUAUCUUCUGACGCUCCAGUCACGGAGAAGAAGGUAAUGGAUGUAUACCCUGAAGACAACAUUAGUUUUAUUGGAAGUUCUGAAGACCACUCUCAAGAAGAUGAGAAGAAAACAGCUAUCAAGGCUGUCAUCUCUCCAAUUAGAUCCGAUGAUUUCCUUACCAACCAACUUUCUAAGGAAAUCGUCGAAGAUGAAUACGCUGGUAUCGUUGUGGAAGAUGACUCUCCUUACCCUGAAGUCAGAGCUUCUGUUCCUUCUACUGAUGAUCCAACAAUUCCUCAAAAUACUGUCAGAGCAUGGGUGAUUGGUAUGGUAAUGGCUACCAUUGGUUCUGCCUUGAAUAUGCUUUUCUCUUUGCAUUCUCCUUCAAUUGUUUUGAGUUCAUUUGUUACCACUAUCCUAGCUUGGCCAGUUGGUAAGGCUUGGGAAAGAUGGAUUCCAAAUGCCCCAUUAUUUGGACGCUUCGGUGGUCCUCCAUUAAACCCUGGUCCAUUCAAUUUGAAAGAACACACUUUGAUUCAAAUCAUGGCUAAUGUUUCCUUCGGUGGUGGUUCAGCUUACGCAACCGAUAUCUUCUUGGCCAUGAAUAAUUAUUUCGGUAAGGAUUUUGGCUGGGGCUUUGAAAUAGUUGCAAUUCUCGCUACUCAAUGUAUUGGUUUUUCUUUGGCUGGUUUGGUCAGAAAUGUUUUAGUCAACCCUCCUUCCAUGAUCUGGCCUUCCAAUUUGGUUACAAGUACUUUCUUGACCAACCUUCAUGUUAAUGAAAAUCAUAUUGCCAACGGAUGGAGGAUUUCCAGAUUAAAGUUUUUCUUGAUCGUUUUCAUCGCUGGUUUCUGCUACUACUGGCUACCAGGGUUUUUAUUCCAAGCCCUUUCAUACUUCGCAUGGGUCACUUGGAUCAAGCCAAAUAAUGUUGUGGUUAACCAGGUCUUUGGUGCAUCUACAGGUCUAGGUUUGAUCCCUCUCACAUUUGACUGGAACCAAAUCGCAGGUUAUGUUGGUUCUCCUUUAGUUCCACCAAUUGGAACUAUUUUCUCUAUUUUGUUAUCUAUGAUCUUCAUCUUUUGGGUGGCUGUUCCUGCCGUUCAUUACUCUAACGUUUGGUAUGGUAAGUACCUUCCAAUUUCCGAUUCAAGUUCGUACGACAGAUUCCAACAAACAUAUAAUGUUUCCAGAAUUGUCAAGCCUGACUUGUCGUUCGAUAAGGAAGCUUACAAGCAAUACUCUCCAUUGUACUUAUCAGCAACUUUUGCAAUUUCUUACGGUAUGUCAUUCGCUAGUAAUGCUGCCACUAUUGUUCAUGCAGCACUAUUUCACGGUAAGCAAAUCAAGAACGCUUUCAAGAUUCUUGACAAAGAGGAUGAAGAUGUUCACAAUAGACUAAUGAAGGAAUACAAGGAAAUUCCAUGGUGGUGGUACAUGGCUGUUUUCCUUGUGUUCUUUGCUUUAGCAAUUGUGACAGUCAGAGCAUGGGAUACACAAAUGCCUAUCUGGGCCUUAGUCUUUGCAUUGAUUAUCGCUUUUGUCUUUUUGAUUCCAAUUGGUAUCAUUUAUGCUAUCACUAACAUGUCUGUUGGUUUAAAUGUUAUUACUGAAUUUAUCAUUGGUUAUAUUUUACCAGGUAGACCAAUUGCUAUGAUGUUCUUCAAGACUUUUGGUUACAUCACUAAUAGUCAAGCUGUCACUUACGCCAGUGACAUGAAGAUGGGUCAUUACAUGAAGCUUGCCCCUCGUUUGGUGUUCAGUGCACAAUUCAUUGCUACUUUGUGGAGUUGUAUUGUUCAAGUGUGUGUUUUGAAAUGGGCUCAAGGUAAUAUUUCUAAUAUUUGUACUCCACACCAAAAGUCACAUUUCACUUGUCCCGGUGCUCGUGUGUUCUUUAAUGCUGCUAUCAUUUGGGGUGUUAUCGGCCCUCAAAGAAUGUUCAGUUCUGGCCAAAUGUAUAACAAGGUCUUGUACUUCUUCUUGAUUGGUGCUUUGACCCCAGCUCUAACCUGGUUGAUUCUAAAGAAAUGGCCAAAUUCCUUUGUUAAGUACCUAAACUGGCCUGUGUUCUUCUCAGGAACAGGUUUAAUUCCACCAGCUACUCCAUACAACUACGGUGCUUACUGUAUGGUCGGUAUCACAUUUGGAUACUUCAUCAAGAAGAAAUGGUUCCAUUGGUGGACUAAGUACAAUUACUCAUUAUCCGCUGGGUUGGAUAUUGGUUUAGCUUGGUCCUCCUUGAUGAUUUUCUUCUGUUUGCAAUUAACAAAUAAGUCUGCUCCAAAAUGGUGGGGGAAUGAUGUUAUAAACACAGUUGAAUACGAAGGUGUAGCCAUUCAAAAAAUUCUCCCAGAGGGAGAAAGUUUCGGUAGGAAGCAUUGGUAG